AGAGCAUGGCAACACGCCACCCAUGCCUCAACUGAUGCUAGGAUCACACGGGGGUGUGCGGGCGGCCCUGCAACGGGCCCACCGAUGGGGGCUGCAGGGGGAACCUUUUCAGAAUAACCUGGAAAAGACGCACAGCUCAGAGCCAACAUCAUACGAUCUUCAAACCCCAUCGACCUCAUCACUUUCACAGUCAUGGAGGAAGAGAAGGGGGAAACUCGUCACCCUCUUCACAAUAUGCAGUAUCUUCCUGCUAGUAGCUGCGCUAUCCUCAAUUUACCUGGAAGAGGUGAGUUGGGCAGGGGUGGUGACAUGCCUGACACUGGGGGUCUUCGGCUACAUACUGUUAAGCUACUUGAGGUCGCCAAGUGAACGGGAACCAACUCCUGUGAUGCAAGAAGGUGUUGUCACCCAAAGCAAGAUUAUUGUUGAUGAGCGGUCACCAAGUCCAGAUGUUAAAAGUUUAGGUGUCUCCAUUCCUCUUGCUCUCACCCUGGCUGACAGCCUGCUAUUGAGUGUGCUCCAGGAGCCUCUAGCGGACCCCAGCGGGCCCCAUGUGCAGGAUCUCCUCUCCAGACUUGAGUCCAUGUUCCACAUACUCGAAAGUGUUCACUCGCCGUCCGAGUCCAGAGAGGAGGACCAUAUUUUGAUUGAAAAAGUCACGCUCAUUCAAAGUUAUCUACAUAAAAGGAGUAGUUCGCUAAGGAGGCUUCUACAGGUGCAAGCUGAAUAUGAGUCUAGCGUAAAGGAACUGCGGGAGGGCGUGGAGGACCGCUGGGGCCGACUUGAGGAGCUCCACACUGGAGUUACGCUCACAAAAGAAGGUGGUGAAGACCAAGUCGACUUGGCCUCGGCCCAUCAGGAUGCAGAGUCUUUUUUUGCAGUCUUGAGCCACCAUAGGGAGCAACUAGAGGGCUGCCAGGAUCUUCUGAAAGACAGCACACAACUCCUCCAGGAGUUAAUAUGGAGUCACAGCCAUGCAGGCAACACACUCAAAAAUUGCAGUAGUGAGUCCAUUUGGCCGGAAAUGCUUCUCCAGUCCAACAUGGAGCAGUGACAAAAACAGCUGACUGUGGCCCCAGUAGGUAAGGCUACAUAUGGAACAAUGAAAUUAACAGUUCACCUGCUGUGGCCUGAACGGAGUCUUACAUCUUCCUCCUGGUGCGCAUGGACUUGAAUUGCAUGCCCGCUUGUGCAGUCCCUGUUUUUUCACCUCUUUUAUCAACACCAUCGUCGUUUUGGGGCUUUUUGAAGAAACUUCGGACACUCAGUUGCCUUGACAUUUUUCAGAGUAAGGCCAACGACGUCAUGCAUCAAGAGAGACAAUAGCUAAUUAAUAUGCUCACUCGCCACCCUGUGGUCUGGGGUGUGAAUUGCAACCUGUCAAAAUGACGGAUGGACUUCAGUUUUUUCCGUCACCGUUUUAAAAAAUCGGUCAACGACGGAAAAUAUUCGGUUAACGCGACCCCUGAACUGCCCAUAUAGUUCAAAUUUCAAGUUAUAUGACUUUUGCUUUUUAUUCAUUUUUUGGUUUUAUUUCUAUUUAGUUCCAAUUGUUUGUGUUUUUAGCUGUCUUGAAGAUUUAAUUUGACUUUGAUUUAUCAUCAUUAUCAUGUGAUGCAAAACAUUUUGAAUUACCGUAUUUUUCGGACUUUAAGUCGCACCUGCCAAAAAUACGUGUAGUGAAGAGGAAAAAGAACAUACAUAAGUCGCACCGGUGUAUAAGUAAUAUUUUUGGCAAUUUAAAAAGCAAUUUAAAAUAAAAACUGAAUAGAGAACAACUGGCUGAAUAAGUGUAUGGUAUGAUAACGUUACAUGAUGCAUAAACAAAUGCUUUCUUCAUUUCAGUAAGAUUAGCCUCCGCGUUUCGCCAUUCCCUUAAAAGUUUCUCGCUAACUCCAAACUUUCUUUCUGGAGCUCGAUUACCAUUUUCGGCGGCAUAUUUCCCUACUUGCAGUUUGUAAUCUGCAGAAUAUGAUUUUCUUUUCGGUGCCAUUUUGUUCAGUCCUCCUCAGUUGUUUUUAUUUGGUUUUAUAAGUUACCGCCAAUGUUGAAACACUGGCCUUGAGCGCCCUCUUGUGGUUUAGUGUGAAAAUAACAUGUGAAAUGAUAUAAUAAUGUGUUAAUAAAUAUCACACAUAAAUCACUCCAGAGUAUAAGCCCGGUCAAACUGUGAAAAAAACUUUGACUUAUAAAAUACAAUACCUUGUGUUGAAUUGUGCUCUACAUUACAAUACCAUACCUGUCAAGUUGUGCGGUUUUGGCGUAAUUUGUACAAGUGAGCACUGAUUUUUAAAAGUGUACGCCAUACGUUCAAAAUCUACGUUUUUCGUGCAUUACGUUUUUUUCUCGAGACAAUGUGCGUUACGAGACGAUGUGCGUUACUAUGCUUUACAACGUUGGUUGAAUUACGCGAGAAAAGUCAGAGACAAGGAGAGGGAAGAGUGUUUGUUGUGACGCUGGAGCAAACGCGAUGCUAGGCUAGGUGGCUCCAAAAUUUCCUGACUAUAGCCGACAGCCUACAAUCUACGCCUAGAUAUCACAUGCAUAUAGAACUAUUAGUUAACAGACACCAUUUUUAAAGCAGUAGACUUCCCAGAAAGGCUCUGUUGUAGUGAACCUUCCUAGCGAACCCAAGUAACUUUUUAUCUAUAAUACUCCUAUAUCGGCAAAAUCUUGACUUGAAUCUAUCUUUAAAUGAUGAAACAGUUUUAAAACUUUCACAUGUCGAAAGUAGACAGAAGGGAACUAAUACAAAAACGGGAGCAAUUUUAACAACUUUAACAGUUGAUUCACAACAUUAAAUGACUUCCAAACAUAGUAAAAAUGAAAGAAAAAAAAACAUGAAAGGUAACACGAAUUACUUUCCCAAGUAACUAAUUACCCUUACAUUCAGGUAACAGAGUUACUAAUUGAAUUAGUUUUUGGGAGAAGUAAUUUGUAACUGUAAUUAAUUACUUUUUAAAAGUAAGAUUAACAACACUGGUCAUAAAGAUGAAGUCUGCAGAAUGAAAAGUGACGAUUUGCCAAUUUGUUGCCGAACACAAUUUGCCCGCAACUACUGCUGAUCACUUCUCAGAAAUAGCCAAAGAAAUGUUCCCUGACUCAAAGAUUGCAUCGGUAAGUUAAUUUUAUCAAUUGACCUGUUUAAGUUAUAAUUGAACACACUAAUGAACUACCUUCAAGCCAAACUGAAUUGCGAGCUGAAGUGCAGCCAUCAAAAGACAUGAUAGAAAUUGCCAAAAGUGCUACAUACAAUUAUAACAAAAGUCACUGUUACAUUUUUGUAAUCAUGAUGUAGCUGAAGAUAUUAAUUGUAUUGGAAAUAAGUAUUUAA